UUACAAACCGAAUUUGAACGGUGCAAGUAUAAAGUAAAGGCUAACAAAAUUUCACAUUUACUUGAAAAUCCGUUGCUGUCACUAUACAGCCAUUCAGCAGUCUUUCGAGCGGCGUCGAACGUCAUUGUGGAGCGAAACGAUUUUUUUAACGUGGCUUCAACGGACAGCAUCAGGACGCAGCACAGUAAAGUUCACCCGAGUCCGGGGGCAGGAACAGCCCGCAGUGUGUGGGCUCUGCCUCUGACCUAUGAUAGCUGUAAUAUGGUAGAAGAAGAUGGCACAGUAACACAUACUCCCCACACUGAUCAGGAAGCCGAUGCGAGAAGAUCUCACACACCAGGAAGCGUAGAUGCGGACGGUGCUGUAGGAAGCUCUUCUGCUGAUGGUACAGGCGCAAAUGAGCACGAUGACGAAAACUUAUUAGUUUUCGAAGGAGCUGAUGGGUCAGUGGCCCAUUUGGACGACAUAUUCGAUAUAAUUAAAAAUGGUGAAGUGACCGAUUUGGAAAAUUUAACCGAAAAGUUCGGUAUGGAAUGUUUAUCAGGUCGAGAUCGUCAUGGAUAUACGCCAGCUCAUUGGGUGGCUCUAAAUGGUAAUGUGGAAAUGAUGCGUUAUUUAAUAGAGCAUUCAGCACCUAUUGAUUUGCCUUGUUUGGGUACGCAAGGACCGCGCCCUAUACACUGGGCUUGUCGCAAAGGUCAUGCUGCAGUUGUGCAGGUUAUGCUGCAAGCCGGGGUUAAUGUUAAUGCCGCCGAUUUUAAGGGCUUAACUCCCCUUCACGUGGCGUGCAUGUAUGGGCGUACUGCCACUGCCGCAUAUUUAUUAGGAAUGGGUGCUUUAAAUCAUCUAACUGAUAUAAAUGGGGACGCAGCUUUGCAUUGGGCUGCCUAUAAAGGUCAUUCUGACCUUAUGCGUUUAUUGAUGUAUUCAGGAGUGGAACUGCAGAAAACGGACAAUUUUGGUUCAACUCCAUUGCAUUUGGCGUGUUUAUCCGGAAAUAUGGCCUGUGUACGAUUAUUGUGUGAAAAAUCGAAUUUGGAUUUGGAACCGCGUGAUAAAAAUGGUAAAACUCCCAUUAUGUUGGCUCAAGCUCACCAGCAUCAAGACAUAGUACGUGUUCUUUAUAAUGAAGUGAAGAAAAAAUCCCGUUGGUUGCCUUCCGUAUCCGAAAUAUGGGGUUGGUUAUUUGGCGGAGCUGGCGACUCAAAAGGUCCUUUACUUCUUUUUUUAUUCUCCGUACUUUUAUGGGGUUACCCGAUGUAUAUGAUAAGAGCCAUACCAAUCACUUGGAAUAUUUUACGACGUUCUCAUUAUUGUUUCAUUUAUUGGAAUGCUGUUAUGUGGAUUAGUUGGAUUAUAGCAAAUCGGCGAGACCCUGGUUAUAUACCACUUAGCUCGGAUGCGUAUUAUCGAGCUAUCAAACAAAUUCCAUACUUUGAUAAGCUCAAGAAGCGCAACGUCAUUUUGACUCGUCUCUGUCAUAGUUGCCGUUGUUUAAGGCCGUUAAGGGCUAAACAUUGUCGCGUCUGCAACCGCUGUGUGGCCUAUUUCGAUCAUCAUUGUCCAUUCAUAUACAAUUGCGUCGGUCUACGAAAUCGAAUGUGGUUCUUCUUAUUCGUUUUAUCGGUGGCUGUAAAUUGCUCUUUUACUAUUUACUUUGCUUGCUAUUGUAUCAUGAUCGAAGGCUUCACUCUACUUUACGUGUUAGGUCUUAUCGAGGCGGUAGUAUUUUGUGGAUUGGGCUGGAUUUUAACAUGCACUUCGAUUCUUCAUGCUUGCAUGAAUUUAACAACGAAUGAAAUGUUUAAUUAUAAGCGUUAUCCAUAUCUACGCGAUAAACGAGGACGUUACCAAAAUCCUUUUUCACGCGGGCCUAUACUAAAUCUCUUGGAAUUCUUUGUUUGCUUACCCGAUCGCAGUGAUGACAAUGAUUUCUUGUUGGAGGAUAACAUUUGAUUAAGAAGUUAGGAGCGCGCCUAUCAGGCUCGUCGCCGCAAAUUGCCGCCAGUUCGUCAAUAAAAGAAUGCUAUGCCAGGUUUGAUGAUUUCGCAAUGAUGCCAAUAUCAGCUAAAAAGUCUUUUUUUGUUUAUUACUUAAAAUCUUUCAAGGAUUUAUUUGAAAAAUUAAAUGCACCGACACGCACACAAUUUUCAUUACAAAAGCUUAGCUAAGUAGAAAUUAAUACUUAUUUUGAUUAAUUCGAAAAAAUGAAUAAAAUGUUUUUAAAACACUCCUCAAUCAGCA